UCUGAAACAUGGGUGGUGAUGAGGAAGCAUGCAACACAAAGCUAGCUCUUGGACUUGGUAUGGGUGAAUAUGCUUCAAGGCAAGAGAUGAGGAAGAAGGAAAAUCCUUUGGUUUGCUUAGACCUCUCAUUUGCGCUUUGCCCAAAACAGGAGGUUGCUAGCUUGGGUGAUCACAUGGAGAAUCGAUCGAGUUUGAGGGUAAUGGAUGAAGAUGAAGAAAGUGAGAGAAGUAUUGGUACAAAUAACAAGAGUAUGUUCAUGAACAACAAAAAUGGUGUGAGAAAGAAACUGAGGCUCACAAAAGAGCAAUCCACCUUGCUGGAAGAAAGCUUCAGCCGCCACAGCACCCUUAAUCCGGCCCGGAAACUGUCACUUGCUGAGCAAUUGAAUCUGAAGCCAAGACAAGUCGAAGUUUGGUUUCAGAACAGAAGAGCAAGGACGAAGUUGAAACAAACAGAAGUAGACUGCGACUUCUGGAAGAAAUGCUGCGAAAGUCUUGGCGAUGAGAAUCGUAGGUUGAAGAAAGAAUUGCAGGAGCUAAAAUCGUUAAACAAGAAUGAGGCAUCGCCAUUGUACAUUCAAAUCCCAAAGGCUGCAAUGCUUUCAAUGUGUCCAUCUUGUGAGAGGAUGGUAGAAGCUCAUCACCAUAACCAAGCAGCUGCAAAGAACACAGAAGAUCUCAAUGUGGUCCGGAAGAGUAAUAAAUUGCAGGGCGGCUUUGACGGUACAAAUUAACUAGAGAGAUUUGGAGGCUAUAGCUGCAUAGCCAUAACCAUAACUUUAUAUACAAGUGCAAGAAAUUAAGCAACAAAAGCAUUGAUCAUUUUGAUCAAUCAACAACUACCCACAUGACUAAAUUGAAUACAUGUGUUUCCAAAGAGGGGGGGUCCAAGUGUUCUGCUAAUUAGAAAAUAGGGUAGCUAGAAAAAGAAUUAAUGUUAUAUUAUAAUUUCCUUUACAAGGAUGUAUUUGAUUUGCAUGCACCUUCUUUUUUUUUCUUUACCAUAUCAACUCCCUCACAAGCACAAU